CACCCUCCCCCCCCCGGCGAUCCCGGCGCUCCUCGAUGCAUCGUCGGGACAAUGUUAGGCCACCACUACCCGAAUGCUGACAAGUCACAACAAUUGGCCAACUACGUGGAGGAUUAUCUGGAAUGCGUGGAGUCCCUGCCUUUGGACAUACAAAGGAAUGUUUCCGUGCUCCGGGAAAUCGACGCUAAGUAUCAAGAAGUGCUGAAGGAGGUGGAUGAAGUCUUUGAGAAGUACAAGGCGGAGCAGGAUAGCGGCCAGCGGAAGCGCCUGCAGGUCCAGUUACAACGGGCGCUCAUCAUCAGCCAAGAGCUGGGCGACGAGAAGAUCCACGUGGUGACCCAGAUGACGGAGUUGGUGGAGAAUCGCUCGCGCCAGAUGGACUCCCAUUCCCUGUGCCUCCAGGAGCCCUGUCAUCCCGAACGGGUGGCACCGGAACGGCGCACGAACGUCCAGGAGCCCCCCGCCGCCGCAGCAGCUGUAGCCACCCCGGCCUCCGCCGAACGCGCCUCGGGCCGCAGGCCGCGACGUCAACGGAACAGCGAGAGCCGAGACUCCAGCCACCCGUCCGCCAACGGCUCCGUGGCGGACGACGCGGUGGAGGAGCCGCCUGCCCCGCUUCCCAGAGAGAAGAAGUCCAAGUCCACCAAGAAGAAGAAGCGCAAGUCCAAGCAGGAGCGAGACGCUUCUCCGGUGGAUUUCGCAAUCGACCCCAAUGAGCCCACCUACUGUUUGUGCGAGCAGGUGUCGUACGGUGAGAUGAUCGGCUGCGACAACGACCAGUGCCCCAUCGAAUGGUUCCAUUUCUCCUGCGUGGGGCUGACCUACAAACCCAAGGGCAAGUGGUACUGUCCCAAAUGCAGGGGGGACAACGAAAAGACCAUGGACAAAAGUUUGGACAAGAACAGAAAAGACCGCCGGUCCAGGUAGUGACCCAGCAGCUAAUCCAUCAGAGGACAAUGUUGAGAGCACAAUUGAACCGCAGAAAAAGCCACUUGUGAGGACAUGUGCUGUGACACCUUCAUCAAGCUAUUUGUUUCAGUGAGAAGUUUCUUUAUUUUUGACGUAUGAAAAAUGAAUAAAACUAAAGCAUCUUGGUAUA